AUGUCGAACGACAUCACCGACAAGGCAGCGUCGCAGCCGCAUGACAACAUCCACGUCGAGAAGGGCCCUUCCCGCACCCACCAGCUCAACGAUGUCUCCCUUGACGACAAGGGCCUCAACUCCGAGGCUCACGAAGGUACCAACAUCGAGCACAGCUUCGGUGUCUGGCAGGGUUUGAAGACGUACAAGCGUGCCGCUUUCUGGUCCAUCCUCAUCUCGACCACCGUCAUCAUGGAAGGUUAUGAUGUGACCCUCAUUGGUUCCUUCUACGGAUACCCUGCAUUCCGUGAGAAGUACGGCGAAUAUCUCGAUGAAGAGAACGGCUAUCAGAUCUCGUCCUCGUGGCAACAAAAGUUCAAUUCCAUCGGCGCCGUCGCCAACAUUGUCGGGGCUCUUUUGAACGGAUACUUCACACCCAAGUACGGUCACCGCAUGGUCCUCAUCGUGUCCCUCAUCUGGCUGGCCGCCUUUGUCUUCGUCGUCUUCUUUGCACACAACAUCGAGAUGCAAUUAGCUGGACAGGUCCUCUGCAACGUUCCCUGGGGCGUUUUUGCCACGACCGGCCCUGCCUACGCCGCCGAGGUGACGCCUCUGGCCAUCCGCGGCUACCUGACGUCGUACGUGAACCUCUGCUGGUGCAUUGGCCAGUUCAUCUCGGCCGGUGUUCUCAAGGGUCUCGUCGAGGUUGAGGGUCAGUGGAGCUACAAGAUCCCGUUUGCCAUUCAGUGGGUGUGGCCCGUCCCCCUCAUCAUCGCGGCGUACAUGGCCCCCGAGUCCCCGUGGCACCACGUCCGCAACGGCAACCUAGACGCCGCCAAGAAGUCGCUUGCCCGCCUUUCGGAGCCCGAGCACAACGUCGACCUGGACGCCACGGUUGCCAUGAUGGUGCACACGAACAAGCUCGAGAUCGAGGAGCAGGCGGGCGCCACCAUGUUCGACUGCUUCAAGGGCACCAACCUCCGCCGUACCGAGAUCGCCUGCAUGGCCUUCAUGUCCCAGAUCACCAACGGAGGCGCCCUCUGCUACUCGGGCUCCUUCUUCUUCCAGCAAACCGGUCUCGACGCCCCCACCUCGUACGCCAUCGGCUUGGGAGGCACCGCCAUCGCCUUCGUCGGCACCUGCAUCUCCUGGCUCUACAUCUACAAGUUUGGUCGCCGGACCAUCUGGAUGGUCGGCUUUACCCUGCUCGUUGCUUGCCUGUGGAUCAUCGGAUUCCUCGCACUUGCCCCAAAGCAAGAAGGCGCCAUCAUCUGGGGCCAGUCGAUCCUGUGUAUCGUCUGGCUCGGCUUCUACUCCAUGUCUGUCGGCCCCAUUGUGUACACCAUUAUCUCUGAAAUCGGUUCGACCCGUCUCCGAAUUCAGACCGUCGUCCUGGCUCGCAGCACCUACUACGUCGGCAACAUCAUCUGCGGUGGUAUCCUCCAGCCUAAGAUGCUGGCCCCCGGUGAUUGGAAUUGGAAGGGAAAGACUGCAUUCUUUUGGGCCAUCCUCGCCACGCUUACCUGGGUCUGGGGUUACUUCCGCUUGUUCGAGACAAAGGGCCGCACCUUUGGCGAGAUGGACGUUAUGUUCCAGAAGCGCGUCUCGGCUCGCAAGUCGGCCAAGUACGACCUCACUGCCGACGAGAUGUUCCUUGCCGAUCAAGUCCAGCCCCUCAGCAGGAACGCGACGGAGAAGAUCUAA